GGAGGAAACGAUGGGAGAGUGUGGGUGUGCCCUCCAGUUUAGUUAAGCAGUAGUUUGUGCCUGAGCUGAGAGGGAAUCCCUACUUGAAUCACUGGCUCGCGUGGAGUGGUGGUUCCGGAAAGGGAGAGGCGCAUUCACUGGAGAAGGAGCUUCUGGUCUCACACCCCUCCAGGACAUGCCCCGCGAGUCUGCGGGAAGUGGCUGCGAGGCUGUCUCCUUGCGCAGGAAGCUGCUCUUACCGCCAUGUCUUCAGACUUCUUUCUGCAGCCUCUGGACGGCGGUCCUCGCGUGCCCGUGGGGCCGGGGCAGACUGUGAUAGGCCGCGGGCCGCUCCUGGGAAUAACAGACAAAAAAGUGUCUAGAAGACAUGCCAUUCUUGAGGUGGUGGGAGGCCAGCUUCGGAUUAAACCAAUCCACACAAAUCCGUGUUUCCAUCAGUCCUCUGAGGAGAGCCAGCUCUCGCCGAUGGAGACUCACGCGUGGUGCUGGUUGCAUCCUGGGGAUAGCUUUUCCUUGUUACUCAACAAGUACGCUUUCCGUGUCUUCUCUGCGCAGGCUGAAGUGGAAAUGGAGUGUACUUUAAGAAACAGCCAGACGCUUGAUGAAGAUGAUGUUUUGAGUGAGAUGCACAAGUCCCCUGUGAUUGAUUUACCUGAUAAGACAGCCGGUGCCUCACAGCUGCAAGGAAGCCCCGAAAUAACCAAGACCAAGUGUUCUGCCACAGAUCCCACGUCCUCUUCAGGGGAGUGCAGAGACUUUGGAGGGUACCAGUCACACCCUGCACAGAGGAAAAGAAUUCUCCCAGCUUGGAUGUUAGCAGAAAGUUUAAGUGAUCAAAACCUUUCAAUACCUGGUAAAAGUAGAGAUAAGGAUGUCAUCCAGACGAGUGGAAAAGAAGAAACCUGCGAAGAUGAAACCCAGGUAAACACACCGUGGCAAGGGAGGAAGCGGUUAUCUCCAUCAGGAAGUUCAAAAAGUGUCUCAGCAGAACAAGAUCCUGGGAAGAAAGGCAAACGCUCUGAUCAAGAAGGACCAGUUGUUUCAUCCAAGGAUGUUCCAGAAUCAUUGUCUUCAAUCACAUUAAGUAACCCAGAUGUGGAUAUCGUGAAGACAAAUGAACUGAGCAGUGCAAUUCCAAUCGAGGACCUUGGUGAGGUGUCUAAAAAUAAAGGUAUUACCAGAGCGACAGCAAGCAAAUACGGUGAGACAGUGAGCUGUCCUGAAAGUCAUGCACAUGUCCAGAGCACGUCACUCCCCACGGAGUCUCAAGGAUCCCAUCCCGAGUCCAGCUCUGCUCCCUCCAGUCCUGCUGCUUCACACACAGACACGGCUGAUUCAGGUGUAGGCCGUUCAGAAGAAAGCAGGGUCCUGAGGACGCCCUGCAUGUAUGGGGCCAGCUGUUACAGAAAGAAUCCUCUCCAUUUUCAACACUUCAGCCACCCUGGUGAUAGUGAUUAUGGAGAUGGACAAGUCACAGAUGAAGGUGCGACGGAUAACAGGCCUGAGUGUCCCUACGGGACAGCUUGUUACAGGAAGAACCCCCAGCACAAGAAGGAGUAUAGACACAGUGCAUGCCCAGUCAGAAUUGCUGUAGAUGAAGACAGUGAUGAUGUUCCCACUGAGAAUGACCUGAACGACAGCCUUCCAGACGAUGAGGACGACGAGGAGGAGUAUGAGCCGACAGACGAAGAUUCAGACUGGCAACCAGAAAAGGAUGAUGAGAAGGAAGAUGUGGAAGAACUUUUGAAAGAAGCAAAAAGGUUUAUGAGAAGGAAAAAGUAACUUUUCUACAAUAAUAUAAAACUCACAUUUGCUUUUUCUCUAUGGGAAACAUCCAGAAACUGAAUAGGAAACUGAAAAUAAUAAUUUUCUUCUUUUGAUAGUUCUUUGCACUUGCAACAUUGAAACACCAGCCUUCGGUGAAAUAGGUGGAAUGUAUGUUAUUGCCUGUUUUGGUGCCUCAUUAAUGCAUCUGUCAGUGGAAGCAGGUACAGAGGUUAGGCAGGGACUGAUUUUUUUCAGAUACUUUAUAUACUGCUAAUAAAAAGCCAUAGGUUGUACGGACCUUUGAUCUUCUGUCCUAUAGUCACUGUGCAAGCCUAGCCAGGUGCUUACAGAACAGUGGGAGAGCAGAGCCUACACGGCUGCCUACAGACUCCCGCACAGAGCUACCCUUGCACAAAAAGGCAGGGCGGCUGCCACAGUGUCUUACUCUUCUAAUGCGUUAGAUGUGGCUUUGUGAUUUCAUUUAUGGCUUUCGUCCUUUGAAGCCUGCAGAAAUGAUUAACAAAUAGGUGUUGAAAACGAUCAUGUUAACCUAUAGGGACUCGGCGCUCACCUUGCAAGGAAUAUGUUUUGCACAUCCAACAACUACAGCAUUGUACUGAGCGUGUAAGAAAGAAAACCCCAGAGCACAUCAGUUGCUGUCCCUCAUGUGUCUCCGGAUUACUUCACUUGCACUGUGUACUUUAUACUGAGGAUGCAGAGAAGCUCCUAGCCACGGUUUUCUCAGAGGGUCUCCUCAGUGUGGCCAGAGGGGCAAGUUCUUGGCCACAGUUAAGGUUGUGACCUCUGAGGAUGCCUCUACUCCGGGGAGCGCUACGUCUCUGCACCCCUGUCCUUGAGCCAGACUCAGGAACUGUUGGUUCACACAGCUUAGAGUUUUCACUAUGAGUGGAGUGUGCACACACAGCUGGGGUGCACCGCAUCAUGAGGCAGCAAGCCCGAGCGCCUGCCAUUUUUAAUUCUUAAGAGGAAAGAAAUGUGCGUCUCAGACCUAACGGUGUUGAGUAUGCUUUCUUAGUAUUUAUGAAUCUCUCCAUGUAAGAAGAAAGGCAAAAUAAAUAUUUCUCUAUAUUGUUAUCAGUUAGUUACUUUGACUUAUUUGCAAAUUUCUUUUUCCCUUCUAUGUUAGGUCUUUAAAAGAAUAGAACUGAUAAGACAUAUGUUAUAGGUUCACUGACAUGGCGAGGGCUAGGUAGUCUGUAUGACUGUCUUCACCCUGGAGAGGCAGAAAUCCCGAAGCUGCCCAGGGCCUGAGGCUGCAUGAAGCCCUCAGCAGUCCCAGUCUGGUGCUGGUGGCCUAGAGGCUUCCAGAGAGCUGCUGGUCCUUGUUGCACGUUGGAAGACAAAGAAGGAAGACUGCCAUCCUUGGCAAAAUGUGACAGAGGCAGGGUGGGCACAUGCUCGGCCAUGACAGAGGCAGGGUGGGCGCAUGCUCGGCCAUGACAGAGGCAGGGUGGGCGCAUGCUCGGCAACAGGGAAUAAAGGCGGCGGCAGAAGCAGCAUUGCUUCCCUGCAGCUUUAGAUCUGCACCUUCCAUAGCAGCCCCUGAGGGGGAGGGUCUCCUCCCCUCCCCUAGCUAGUCCUGCUGGGAAACACUCUCACGGCCCUGCCCGUUGCGAAAGGAAGUCUUAGCUAGACCUUGAUCCAAUCAAGUUGACAAACCGGGAUUAACACUCACACUUUCUCUUGUCUCUUUCUUCUUGAGGGGUUGACAAGCCCGUGAAUAAAAUCUUUGAAUUUAUUUCCAUCCUGCACUGGAUAAAUCUUUAAAGGGUUUUUAACACAUUUGCUAAGUAUAUACCAAAGAAGUGGAAACCAUGUCUUUUGCAGAAACACAAAGCGCUUUUCUUUGUAGAUAAACAUUAGAUACACCAAGUGCCCGUUGACCAAUGAACGAAUAAACAGUGCAGUACUGUAUUGUGGGAUAUUUGGCCGCAACAAGAAGUGAGGGACUAAUACGUGCCGCAGGGUAAGCCUGGAAAACAUGCUGGGAGAAGCUAGGCCAAGCUACCUGUUAGGUGAACUUAUUUCUGUAAGAUGUCUAAAAUGGGCGAGUCCAGGGAGACAGAACCCAGAUUGUUAGGGGCCUGGGGAGGUGGGGAGGGACGCUGCUGGUGGGUAUAAAGUUACUUUUUGAAAAAUAUAAAUACUCUAAAAUUAGGGGUGAUAGUUGCACAAUGCAAAUAAACAAAAGUGAAUGAGGACACAAGUUGAAGAGGUGAAUUAGUUUUUGAGACAGUCUUAGAGUUGGCCUGUAACUCUACGAAGCUGAGAAUGGGCUCAAAUGCAGGAUUUUUCCCUCUAUGUCAUGAGUACUGGGACUGUAGGCAUGUCCCAUCACACUGACUUCUGCAGUGCUGGGAACUGAAUCCUGGGUCCCACGCUGAGACAUACACCCCCAUCUCAAAAACAAUAUUUGAAAUUUUGUUUCAAAUUAUUUUGAUCUGUUUUUGAGACAGUCUUUCGAUGUAACCCUGGCUGUCUUGGAACUCACUAUGUAGACCAGGUUGGCCUUGAACUCACAGAGGUGCACAUGCCCCUGCUUCCCAAGUGCUGGGAUUAAAGGUGUGCACCACCAUGUCCAGCUUAAAACCUUGUUUUUAAAAAUUAAUUGUCCUAAACAUCAGUUAAGAACCAUACUGUGUAGCACAGUGUUCAGUGAGUUUAAACUGUGUCUCAGCCUGGAUCAUGGGAUGUUUGUUUUUGUUGCAUUGUGACAAUGAGAACACAGGGACUUGUAGGAGGAUCUUAAAAGAUAUGAUUGUCAGGGAAUAUUUUCGCUGUAGUUAGCAUUUAAUUUAAAUUUAAUUUUUUUUCUUUUAAAAUUAAAAUGUAAUCACAUCAUUGUGGUAGUUUGAACGAGAAUGGCCCCCAUAGACUCAUAUAUUAGAAUGGUCCCUAGUCGAUGGAACUGUUUGGGAAGGAUUAGGAGGUGUGGUCUUGUUGGAGGAGAUGUGCUGCUGGGCAUGGGCUUUGGGAGGGUUUUAAAAGCCUCCUGCCAUCCCCAGGGUACCUUCUGUUUCCUGUUCAUGAGCUCUCAGUUGCUGCUCCCAUGCUCUGCCUGUCUGCCUGCUCCUGUGCUCCCUACCCACAGUAGCAAUGGACCCUUAAGCCUCUGGAACUGAAAGCCAAAAUAAACCUUUCCUUCCGUAAGUUGCCUUGGUCAUGAGGUUUUCAAUCACAGCAACAGAGAAGUAUCUAAUGUAAUGAUUUCCCCUUCUCCCUCCCCCCCCCAAGCCCAUGUACCCUCCUCUCUCAAAUUUAUGGCUUCUAUUUCUUUAACUGUUAUUAUGUACAUAUUUUAAUUUACAUUUAUUAAAAACAACUUUCAACUUG